AUGCUCUACUCAACAACGGCUUGUCCCAUCGGCAAAUCGCUCGUCAGACGGGUCGCUCAAGACGAACUAUUGACCGUUAUGCAAGGAAUCCGCAAGAAUACGGCACAGCAAUACAUUCUGGACGGCACAGGCUGCUAUCAGUUCAAGCUGAACGAGACGUCUGUCGAAAAGCAUCAAACUCUACGAAGUCCGCCAACAAAAUCAGAUCCGAAGUUCCUGAAAACGUCUCGAAGGACACCAUCUUACGAACAAUUCAUCGGUCCGGUCGACUUGUGAAUACUCCAAUGAAGGCAGCACCUCGUCUACAGCAACGCCAUAAGAAUGAACGGCUCCAGUUUGCACGCUCUAACAUGGCCACGGAUUGGAAUAAGGUAUCAAUGUUUUCUAUCACCUUAUGAUUCCCAAUUUUUCAGUUCAGAUCAUCUUCAGCGACGAGAAGAAAUUCAACCUUGAUGGGCCAGAUGGGUACGCUCACUACUGGAGAGAUUUGAGGAAAGAUCCGAUGUACUUCUCCAAGAGAAACUUCGGCGGCGGCAGCCUCAUGGUCUGGGCGGCUUUCUGCGGCAACGGGACGGUAGCUCUUUCUUUUAUUGGGACCAGAACGAAUUCGCAAGACUACCAGCAACUGCUUGCCCAGCAUCUCCUGCCCUCUCUCCGUCGCCGACGACGUGCUAAUAUGAUUUACCAACAAGACAAUGCAUCUGUUCACGCGAGCAACUCCACAUUGGCUUGGUUUGCGGCCAAGAACGUGGUUCUUCUGGACUGGCUCGCGUGCAGUCCUGACCUCAACCCUGUAGAGAAUUUAUGGUCAGUCCUUGUACGAAGGGUCUACGCGAAUGCCAAGCAGUAUACAACGGUCAAAGAUCUAAAAAGAGCGAUUCGUGCCGAGUGGGAUGGUUUGGACAAGUCACUGCUGCAAUCACUCGUUGGCAGCAUGCCGAACAGGAUUUUCGAAGUCGCUCAGAAACAAGGAGGCAUCACACCUUAUUAA